AAGUGUGAAAAAAUAUAUCAAUAGUGAAAAAAGGAUGAAAGACCGAUUUCGAUACUAAUGUCGUUAAUGCGCAGUCAGCGACAGAGCUCAGAGCACAGAGAUGCCGCUCCGCAUUUAGUCUCAUCGUAGUUAAGAGGAAAGGAAGUGUGAUUACGAGUUUGUCGACAUAUCCGGCGAUAAAAAUUCGUUUACAAAAUGCCAAUUUAAGUGGUGAAAACGACAUGCUAUCGAUUGAAAGCCUGAUUGGUUAAGUAAGUGUUCGAUGCAAGUAUGGCCGCCCUGCCAUCACCCACGCAGGUGGCUGGAAGCCAUACUGCCAUAUAUGAAGCAUAUUAUAAUCAGGUUGAUCCCAAUGGAUAUGGACGAAUUGGUUCGAUGGAGGCAGCAAGAUUUUUGAAAAAAUCUCAACUGAGCGAUGUUAUUCUCAGUAAAAUAUGGGAUAUGGCAGAUCCACAAUCUCGUGGAUCAUUGGAUAAGUCUGGUCUUUUCGUGGCCCUUAAACUUUGUGCAUUAGUACAAGCUGGACAUGAACUAAGCAUGAACAAUUUAAAUUUAGAAUUACCUCCUCCAAAGAUGGGUGAUAUCUCUAUCGUACCACAAAAAAAUGUUUCUAAUACAUUACCAAUAAUAACAUCCAUUAACAAUGGAGACUGGUCCAUCAAACCUAACGAAAGAGCGAAAUAUGAUCAGUUGUUUGACAGUCUUCAACCUUCAAAUGGCUAUAUACCUGGAAAUAAAGUUAAAGGCGUUCUUAUGGACAGUAAACUUCCUUUAGAUACGCUUGGAAAAAUAUGGGAUUUAGCAGACAUGGAUAAAGAUGGUAUGCUGGAUAGACACGAAUUUAUAGUUGCUAUGCAUCUUGUGUAUAAAGCAUUAGAAAAGUAUGCUAUACCAAGUGUACUACCUCCUGAAUUAAUGCCACCUGGUAAAAGAAAGGACAUUUCUAUGCUGGUAUCUAAAUCACCUGUACCUAUGACUGUACCAACGAUGACACCACCACCAAUUCCACCGUUACCUAACAUAUCAACAGGCAAAAAUUUAUCUGGUCAAAUUGAUACAAUGAAGCCUAGUGCAAAACCUUGGGUAGUUUCAGCCGAAGAUCAAAUAGCAGCUGAUAAACUGUUUUUACAAGCAGAUAUGGAUAUGGAUGGAUUUGUCUCUGGCUUAGAAAUUAAAGAUGUCUUCCUUCAAAGUGGACUUCCACAACCUGUAUUAGCUCAUAUAUGGGGUUUAUGUGAUACAUGUCAAAGUGGAAAAUUAAAUAAAGAACAAUUUGCUUUGGCAAUGUGGUUGAUAAAGCAAAAACUUAGAAAUAUUGAUCCACCAACGACUCUAAAACCUGAAAUGGUACCUCCGUCUUUGCGAAAAGGUGGAGAUCUUAUCAUGGAAAAUAAUAAUAUCUCGGGAUAUUCUAAUCCAGAAUUAGAUAUGAUAAGUAAGGAUAUAGCGGAGCUUACACGAGAAAGACAUAGCAUGGAACAAGAUAUAGCUCAAAAAGAAGCUGAUAUUAAGAUUAAAAAUGGGGAAAUAAAAAGUCUUCAAAGUGAGUUGGACACAUUAGCUGCUACCUUAAAACAAUUAGAAAAUCAGAAGGGUGAGGCACAGAAGAGAUUAAAUGACUUAAAAGCACAGACAGCUGAUGUAGAUAGAGAUUUGAAUGAAGUGGAAAGCAAGAUUUGCAAGGAACAGAAGAAGGUUGACAAAUUACGACAACAAGCUGAAGAACAAGAGUCAGUCUUACGUGCUCAGGAGGAAGAACUCAAUUCCAAACGCCAAGAACUUGAGGGAUUGAGACAAGAAGAACAACAGUUAGAGCAACAACAGCAUAAAAGCAGGGACCAAUUAAAUGAGCUUACGAAAAACUUGCAAGAUACACAAUUACAAAUUAGUCAAGCAAAAGCUAAAAUUACACAUUUGCAAGAACAGCAGCGGCAAAUGAGUGAUGCUAUUGCACUUUAUGAUUCUGCGCUUGCUACAGCAGAUGCCACUCUUGUACCUGAUACUAGUCUACAAUUUAAUCCAGAGAUCGAAGAUAUAGAGUACGAUGAAAAAGAAACUAAAAAUGUGAAUGAAGAAAAUAAAGUAGAUACAUUUACAAAUGCAAAUGGACCUGGUGUCUUUGAUGGAUUUGAUAGUCAAGAUGCUUUUUCAUCAAAGAAAGCUCAAGAAGCAUUUUCUUCGUCUACUCCUGAUCCAUUUGGAAAUACAUUCCCAUCACAAUCAGCAACGGGUGAUUUUACUAAUGAUCCGUUUACUGCAUUCGAUAACACUAACACUAUCAAGCAAGAUCCAUUUGAUCCUUUCGGAGAUAGUAAAAGAAAUGACCAGAAAACUGGUGUAACUGCACCAGCGGUAACAAAGGAUCCAUUCGGAGAUGACCCAUUUGCAAAUCUUCAUGCUCCACCUCGACCAGAAAGUCCUAGCCCUGCUCUUCCACCUAAAAAAGCUAAACAACCACCGCCAAGGCCUGCACCUCCACGACCGUCGCAAGGUCCUACAGGAUCUUUGAGAGCAGCCCCAGUUCCAGCUCCUCCUACUCCAUCUCCCACUCCUGAUCCAUUUGCAAAUGCGAAUUCAGAUCCUUUUGCCGUGCAACAACCAGUUGGAGACAACAAUAAUAUCAGUAAUUUCACAGGAUCAUCUACAGGAUUCGCAGAUUUUGCAAACUUUGAUUCAAAGCCGGAAUCAUCGCUCAAUCGAACAGCGCCACCCAGACCAGUGAGCCGACCACAUGCUCCAGUGACACUAAUAACGAAGCUGCCGGACUUUACGGAAGAUCCCUUCAGAAAUUACCGAUACGAAGAUCCAUUUAAUAUAACAGACCCUUUCUCUGAUGAGGCAGAAGAUUCUAAUGCAAACAAAAAUACUACAACGAGCACAGUGGACCCAUUUGGAUUUGGAUCUACAUCGUUAUCAAAUACUACAAAUUCCUUGGUAAAAGGGUUCGAUGCUGAUUUUGGUAAAGCGUUUUUUGAUCGAAAUAGGAAUAUAAAAUCAUCUAAAAUUGAUACUUUCUCUAGCAACACGACCAAAACAAUUGAUAUCGAUGAAGCAUUUUCAAAUAAAUGUGACAAAAGUGGAAAGUGGCAGGCACAGGAAAUAGCGCAUAAUUUAAAUGUUAAACUAAAUCUUAAUGAUAAAAAAACUAAAAAUGACAUUGAUAACAUUUGGAAUGGUACUGCAACUCUUGCAUUAACAGAAGACGAACAGCUUGCUUGGGCAGCUAAGCAAAGUCUAAAAACUGAAGAGGAAAGACGUAGGCUCAAGGAACAAGAAGAAGCUGAAUUAGCUCUUGUUCUUGAAUUAAGUAAACGAGACAAAUCUGGAAAAUAAGAUUUCUUUUUAUUUUUCAUUGCGAUAAUUUAUGCUAUGAUUUACCGAUUAGUAUGUCUUUAAAUUCAAUGACUUAUUGACUUUUCAUUAAAAAUUAAGGAUAAAAAAGUAUAUAUAUAUCAUUUCCAAUUACCAACAAUGUAUUUGGAUAAAUUGAAGAAUUUUUAUUCGUAAAAUUACGUAUUGAAAUAUGUGUAACUAAUAUUUAAUUUACAAUUAUUAUUACUAUUAUUAUUUUUAUUAUUAUUAAUAUUAUUAUUAUUAUUAUUAUUAUUGUUGUUGUUAUUGUGGGAUCACAUAUUUUCGUGAAUAUGACUUAUACUGUAACCAACUUUAAAAAGAAGAAAAUUCUCGUGAUUUCUGUUGAAACCAAAGGCUUGUAUAAUAAUGCUUUUUCACUGAAUUUUUAAAUCAUGGUAAAUAUUUGAGAAUGUUUCUCCUAUUUCCUCCUAUUCAUUGUAUUUUAUCAGCUUAUAUAUUAAAUUAAAAUCUUAUGAAAUUAAUUGCAAGUCUGCAAUGAUAAAUUCUAAAAUAAUAUGAAUAAUAUUGUCCUAAUAAAUCGUUAGCCAACAUAUAUAUACACGACUCAACAAGGCAAUUAAAUUUAAUUAUAUAAAAAGAAUAGAACGGCAUAUUAUUGGAUCGACAAUAAGAUGAUGUAUGAAUAUUGAAAGAAUUCAUAUACGUAUCAGUAUAUAAACUAAUGCAGAUUUUUAAGCCUGUUGAAAAUUCUCUUUAUGUACACUGUUAUUAUAAAUGAAUGAAUAACGUCAAGAUAAUACUUCGAAAUCUUUUUGAUCACAGUCAUUUACAAUGUGUACUGUAUACAUUGUUUACCUUCUAAAACAAUAAUAACUUAAAAAAUUCUUAUAUUAUUGUAACCUUUCCUGUUAUUAAUGAAAAUUACAUAUAAGGAAAAAGUUAAUAAGCAAUUCAUUAGUAAAGAAACACGGCACUGAUAAAGUUAUACUGUAUAACUGAUACAGUUUUUGCUAUUUUAAAAAUUAUACUAGUAUUAGGUUGAACUGAUGUUAUAAAUCUAUGAUCGUUUAAAACUUCUAACCAUUUAAGGAGUUUUUGUAAUUAGCUUUAAACACACUGUUAACGGAGUCAAUAUCUUGUAGUUUGCUCAAGAUACAUUUGAUAAAUAAAUGCAAUUAUAUUAGUUGCAUGUAAACUCUUAGGACAACGAUGAUAUGAGAAUGUCAUUUAAUUCAAUUUUUGGUCUCUAAAUAUAUCCCAAAGAGAGAGAGAGAGAGAGAGAGGGAGAAAAAGAAUAAGGUGUUCAAAUUAUAUCUCUGCGUUUGAUUUAAGAUAUUAACUAUCUAAACAUACAGGAACGUGUUUAGCCUGAUCACAUCAUUAGUUGUUAAUUUCACAGUGACGAUGAAUUAUAUCCAAUGUAUAUAUAUAUAAUUGUUGUCUAUAUCAUUUUAUUAUAUUAAUAUAAUUAUCGAAGUUAUGAUUGUAUGGAUAAACUAUUGUUGCUAUAGGAUGUUUCCUGCAAACUUUUAUCAAUAUAAAGUAAACUAACAAUACAGUAAUUAAAAAAAUACUUGUGAUUUUUCAACAAGUCGAGGUAAAUAAUAAUAAUAAUAAUUUUAAUUUGCGUAUUAUUAACGCAAAUUUAUUGCAAGUCUAUUAAGAUAUAUUUGCGCUCGUGUACAUCCAUUGAGUACUGAAACUAUAAUAUCUAUAUUUUAAGUUCAAAACACCUUGUAAUGCUCACUAUGAAAACAAACAAAUGAUUAUCAGUUUUAUUUAGUAGUUUUAAUGAAAAUCGAUAUAUUAUAAACGAAGUUUAAAGAAGAACUGAAAUUGACUGACAAAUAAUGAAUAUAAAUUAUUUAUGUUGUAAAAUGAAACAAAAGAUAGAUGUGUUAUAGAAUUAAUUGUAGCAAUCAUAAAUUUCUGAAUGAAGCUUCUACAUUACUUAUAUAAAACUACCAAGAUGCGAUGAAAAGUCUCUUUUUUACGCACACAUGAGUUCAUGUGCCGUACGCGGAGAAAAAAAAGAUGAAUGAAUGAAUGAGACGAAUAAAUGCGCAAGGAAGAAAGAGAGAAUUCAGGAAUGAAGAAUAAAAUCGUAUUAGAAAAUUCGAUAUUAUUAUAGAUAUAUAUAUGUUAUAAAAGUGCAUAGUGUGUGAGAACCCAGUAUUUAUCUUAAUGUAUACUGCUUCGUGCCAUGCGAGAAAGUAUAAAAUCCUAUUGAGAUCUUAACGCUCAGCAAUAUUGCUAUUAUUAGAAAUUUGAAUCAUUAGUUUAUCUUAUGUUACUGCUUUCACACCGAUAUUAUAAUUUGAAACAUUGAUAUAUUUCAUAUAAAUGCAACGCGUUAUUAAUAUUUUAUACAAAAAUACAAAAAGUUUCAUUGUCGGAUAAUUAUUUAUAUGUGAAUGUAUGAAAAAGUCUAUGAUAUAUGGUAAACGUAGAGAGAUUCAGUGAACAAUAAUAAAUUGCUGCAUAAUCAUACAUAUGAAAUAAAAAAAAAAAAAAAUUAAAAAAAAAAAAAAGGAAAGAAAAAUACGAACGCUUGUAAUAUUAACGGUAAACUAUUAACGAUUCGAAUAAAGAAGUGCACUAGAAAGAAAAGAAAGAAACGACGUGCGUUGCUUGCAUAAUAAUAUACAAGCAUUUUGUUGAAUAUAUCAAUUAACAAUAUUUGCAUUAUAUAUAACUCCCCCAAAGCGUUUUCAUAGUCAGUUAAAAUGAACAAAAAAAAUGUCCAUCACGUAUAAAUCUCAUAAAUCUUCCAAAAGCCUGAACAAAAAAGAACCAAAUAAACAUGGAAAUAAUGUAAUAACAAAUCCCAAUGAAAAUUUAUACUUUAUAAUUUUAAUUGCAUUAUCCUAUCUAUCUCGAUUCAAACUUGAAUGACCUAUUGCAUAUAUUUGUAAAAAAAAAAAAAAAAUUAUUAAUUAUUACAUAUU